GUUCAGGCACUUUAAGGGGGCGAAGGAGCAGCUGCCCCACACCUUGGAAAGAUGGGACCAGGGCAUAGAAUGAAGGAAGGGGAAAGUGGUUACUGCCAACCAUUCCAAGGACGGCGUUGCCCCGCUGGGGUGCCCUGCCUGGUGCAAGGUGGUUGGAACCGAGGGCAGGCGGUCUGCAGGGACUACGACGGGCAGUGGGGAAAGUGCCUGAUGGCCGAACUGGAGAUGACGGAGCAGCCAGUCUGUCCGGGCUGUCAGUCUGGUAGGACCUCCCACACCUCCGUGUGACCUCAGCCUGCUGUGCCCACCCACCCCGCUGACCCCGCGAGCAAGCUCGGGCUUGGAAAGGCACGUCUGUGGGUGUGAGACGGAGCCACAGCACUCGGUGACUAGCAGGAAGCCAGGUUGGAGGUACUCCAUGACACACACUCGGAGAAAAUCCCUUCCCAUGUUGAGUUCAGGCCCCACUGGCCGUCAGGAGCCCCUGCAGAUGGAAGGCAGCAAUGUGGAGCAGGGAGUAGAGGGUAUGGAGUCAGGCAUGCCUGAGAGUCCAGGGCACCUCACAGGGCGCCGCAAGAACUACCCGCUGCGUAAACGCCCUUUGGUUCCUGAGAAGCCCAAGGACUGCAAAGUGCUGCUGACUCGCCUGGAGAAUGUGGCCGGUCCACGGAGUGCAGAUGAGGCUGAUGAGUUGCCUCCUGACAUGCCCAAACCUCCCAGCCCAGCGCCAUCCAGUGAGGAUGUUGGCCUCACCCAGCCCCGCAAGCGGCGCCUGGCCUCCCUCAAUGCUGAGGCCCUCAAUAACCUGCUCUUGGAGCGGGAGGACACGAACAGCCUGGCUGGCAGUCGCCGCAGCCGAGGGGGAGACCCCAAUCGCAGUCGGGACCGCAACCGGACCACUGGGGGCUGGUCUUCCUCCAAGAAGCGGCCCAGACUGAGGGACCUCGGAGGAGGAAGUCGGGACCUGUCCCCAGAGCCAGCACCAGAUGAAGGUGCCCGCCGAGAUGGUGACCCAGCUCCCAAGAGACUGGCCAGCCUGAAUGCAGCUGCCUUCCUGAAGUUGAGCCAGGAGCGAGAGCUACCCCAGCGGCCACCUCGUGCCCACCCAGAAACAGAUGGGCGCUCCGCUGAGCCACCAGCACUGAAGGCCCCGAGGCCAAAGUGGGCCAAGGUCAAUGGCAAGAACUAUCCCAAGACCCGGCAGGGGGCCAGUUCUGGGGAAGCUGCAGGCCCACCUGGCUGGCCAGGGUACCCAGAGGAGCCAUGGCUAUCUGCCACCCCUCGUGGGCCAUCCAGCCAACCACCUUACCAGCAGCCCCUGAGCAAAGCUCUGGAGAGCCCCUUGGGGCUGCGCCCCCACCUGCCACUGCUGAUGGGUGGGCAGGCAGCCCUGAAGCCAGAGCCUGGACGCCCAGGAGAGGAGUCACCUGCCCCCAAGCAGGAACUGCAUCAGCCCUCUUUCCCCACACCCCAGCUGUCGCCCCUGCCAAUGCCUGGCAACCCUGCCGACUACAGGAGCCUGUGUGGUCCGCCUGAGCUUACUGCACUAGGCAGCUUCUACCUGUACUGCAGCCAAGAUGGGCUGCAGUGUGGAGGCUACUCCCCUUGCCCCAUGCUCCCUGAGGGCAAGCUGUCCCCAGUGGCUGCACCUACCGAGGGGCUCCUCUUGGCCCCAGGCUCAGUGCCUGUGGGUACUCCUUUCCAGCACCCUCCCUGGGGCUCUCGCUAUUGCUCCAGUGAGGAUGCUGGAGUGAAUGGCUACAGCAUCUGUGAAAUGUUGCCCCCGUCUCUUACCCACAUCGGCACUACCUGUGGCGGCUGUUCCUACAAAAUGCCUUUUGCAGCAGAAAGCUGCAGGUCCCUGGGCCAGCUGGAAUUUCCUCUCCCAGAAGCUGGCCACCCAGCCUCACCUGCCCAUCCCCUCCUGGGAUGCCCUGUGCCCAGCGUGCCACCUGCAGCAGAGCCUGUCCCCCAUCUUCAGACACCCACCUCAGAGCCCCAGACAGUAGCCCGCGCGUGCCCUCAGAGCGCCAAGCCUCCUAGUGGCUCCAAGUCAGGUCUUCGCACAGGCUCCAGCUGUAGGCACACUGUGAGGAGCAAGGCUGCCCACAGGCCCAGUCACCCCAAGCAACCACGUGUCCAGCGCCCACGCCCACGCCGCCGUCGCCGUCGCCGCACUAAUGGCUGGGUGCCUGUGGGGGCUGCCUGUGAGAAGGCCGUCUAUGUCUUGGAUGAACCAGAACCAGCCAUCCGAAAGAGCUACCAGGCGGUGGAGCGGCAUGGAGAGACCAUCCGAGUCCGGGACACUGUCCUCCUCAAGUCAGGCCCACGAAAGACAUCCACACCUUAUGUGGCCAAGAUCUCUGCCCUCUGGGAGAACCCUGAAUCAGGAGAGCUGAUGAUGAGCCUCUUGUGGUAUUACCGACCAGAGCACUUACAGGGAGGCCGCAGUCCCAGCAUGCACGAGCCUUUGCAGAAUGAAGUCUUUGCAUCGAGACAUCAGGACCAGAACAGUGUGGCCUGCAUCGAGGAGAAGUGCUACGUGCUGACCUUUGCCGAGUACUGCAGAUUCUGUGCCAUGGCCAAGCGCCGAGGCGAGGGCCUCCCCAGCCGAAAGACAGCACUGGUGCCCCCCUCCGCGGACUACUCCACCCCGCCACACCGCACAGUGCCCGAAGAUACGGACCCUGAGCUGGUGUUUCUUUGCCGCCAUGUCUAUGACUUCCGCCAUGGCCGCAUCCUCAAGAACCCCCAGUAGCCUCCUCCUGCCCACACUGGGGCUGCCCAUGGGCAAGUGGGGCUCGGGGCAGGGGGCACUGCUUUGAAGCACAGCACUUGGUUAAGGGUCCACAGGAGCUUGAGGUUGCUGGCCUGUGGUUCUCUUGGUGGGAGGGCAGGGGCCUCUUAUGGGUUCUGGGCCCUAGGGGAGGGAAGGGGAGGCCAGGAUAUAAAAAAAACAUCAGAACCCUCAGCUUGGCCCAGGGUACCUCUCUGUGGUUCCUAGGCAGAGACUCCUGAAGAAGGAGUCUUUCAUGAGGCUGGGCCAAGCCUGAGGGGCAUGAGGUCCUGGGGGGAGGAAGGACGUCCUUCAGGAACUAGGCCCAGCAGACCCUUUAGGCUCAUUUCAGCCCUUCAAGGGGGAGUGGAGCCAGCUUUACCUCACCCACUGUGACCCACUGCUUCCCAAUCAGCCUGGGACCAGGCUCUUUCAGAUUCUAGUACGGCUCUGAGCUCAUCCCUUUUGAGGCAUAGAGAGCCAGAGUCUAGCUUCCAGAGCAUUGACUUCCUCUUCCUGGAUUCGGGGCCUUCCCCUGGCUUUCCUCCUUUGCCCCUACAGUAGCCCCUGGUGCUGGGACAGGUUACCCAGCCCUCAGUUAUGGGUGUGGCCCACUUGUGGGAGUCAGCUUCCUGUUCGCCUCCUGAUGAGGGGCCACUCAGCAGGUCUGGCUUUCCAGAAGUUAACUGAUCAACAUGUAGUUUGUCAUGUCUGGGAGGGCAGAAGAGAGCUUGGAGGGGGUGGGGGGCAGGGGCAAGGAAAAUUGCUACCUGAUUUAUUGAAGACUUUUCCUCUUGCCUUACACUUGGAGGUUCUAGGGGACCUCUUGCAGAACUUCACAUAUGACUCUUCAAGCCACACCCACCUGAAAUCAAACCAAAGGAGUGCUGUGGCUCCCCUUGCCCUGCCACCCCUUACCCUAGUCUUUUGUAGAUUGCACUAAUUUACAUCCCAGCGAGAAUCAACACUGUAUCUAUCGGUCCACAGACCUGCUGAGCUGCAGCCACUCACAUUCUAGGAGCUAAGGAACGCAUUUUCAGUUUGUUUCUGUUGCCCAGGGGCCCUGUUCUCACCUCAUGCUGCUCCCCAGAGUAAAAUUAGGAAGCUCAGACCCCUGUUGUCCUUUCUAGGACUAGGCCCUGGCCCUGGGGCUCUUUGCGAGGGGGCUGGAGCAGCCUGAUUCUUUCUGAUUUGUACCAAAGAGGAGCAUGGUGAGGAGAGCAAGAGGAGCCUGAUGUGGCUUGGGUCUGGCGCUGGGAACCUGCUUGUGAGCACUUCCAUAGGGCACACCCUGGGGGUUAGGAGCCAAGGAGGGUAGCACUGAGUUCUUCUCCUCCAGGGAGGGGCAGACACGGACCCAGCAGGUUAAGGAGUUGGCACUGGGUGAGGGCAGUCAGACAGGGUCUGAAGAUGGAGGUGGAAGCGAAUUCCGAGAGCACUCCCAGGAAGCCUGGCCCUGUGCUGUCCCCAAGGAAAUGGGCCGCUCCUGCUUGGUUAUUGGGGUGGGGGAGGCCUAGAGGCUUCAGAGGUAAAUUUACACAGGGGAAGCCCCAACUCCGCAAGAGAAGGGACUUAGUUUCCCUUGUAUGGAAUAAGCUGUUUGGAGGAAGGCAUUGGUCUGGGAGUGUGUGGUACAGUAGAAGAAAUCGCCAGAGUGGCCGUGGGGACUCUGGAGAGUCAGCUGUGGAGCCUGCUCAUUCCCAGGGUGCUGGGCCCUUGCUGCAAAGGAGCUCAGCCUCACCCAGCAGGAGAGAUCAAGGUCCUCCUCCCAGGGUCUGCUGCCCAGAACUUAAAUGCUUUUGAAAUCUCUUAGAUGUUGAAAUAUUUUUUCGAACCUGAAAAUGCAACUGGUAGAAUUUCGAUGGAAGCAUAAUUCAUGUAAAAUAUAUUUUAGUUGAUAUUUUGUAAAAUGCACUUUUUGUGUGUGUCGACCCUGGUUUCUCAGAUCUGUAUUUCAGUGUUUACAAGGGAGGGAGGACCUUUCCUUACCUCCCUUUUGACAGAGAUUAGAAGUACUUCUUUAAGAAAAAAAUAAAUUUGAAAAAUUGUAUUGAUUUAGAAAAGGAUCA